AACGUUUCACAGUGCAACAACAGAAACAGCCCAGUCAACCAUCACUAAUUGCACUAUCAUCACUUCUUCUUAUUAUUAUGUAAAGAAACUCCUGAAAGGGUAAGAGACUCUCGCAUCACUCCUACGCUUCCUGGGGAAUGGGUAUCAAUAUGAAUAGCAUUGCAGGGUUGGAUGCCAAAUCGGCAGCGGAGAAAGCUGUGAGUGUAAUUGGUCAUGGCUAUGAUCUUUGCAGCGAUAUAAGAUUCUCUGCAUGCAAGUCCACCUUGGUUCAUAUAGACCACACUCAUACCAAAGACCUUCUUUUUCCUUCUGGGGUUGUUCUCCAUAAUGUUCCUAACUCUAUCAAGUGUGACAAAGGUGAACUCAUCAGGUUUCGCUCUGAUGUCGUCCCUUUUAAUCAGAUGUCUGAGCACUUCAACCAACAGCUAUCCUUGUCAGGAAAGAUUCCAUCUGGCCUAUUCAAUAACAUGUUUGAGAUGAGAAAAUGUUGGCCCAUAGAUGCAGCUUCCACUAAAAACCUUGCCUAUGAUGGAUGUUUCAUAACAUUAUAUAACGUCCAAUUAGAUAAAACCAACUUAACCCUUUCUGAAAAUGUGAAAAAUGAAGUGCCCUCUUCAUGGAACCCUGCAGCUCUUGCUGAGUUCAUUGAAAAAUAUGGUACCCAUACAGUAGUUGGUGUGCAGAUGGGAGGUAAGGAUGUGGUUCAUAUCAAACAGUCAAAAAAUUCAGAUCUUCAACCGACUGAACUGCAGAAAUUGCUGAAGCAAUUAGCUGAUGAGAGGUUUUCUGAGGAUUCAAAUCAAAGUUCCAAUGUCAAUCCUGCUGAAAAAUCAAGAAAAUUAAAGGAUAAUCAAGCUCUGGUGUGGGGGCUGCGCAAUCACAGACCUAAUCCUGCUGCUGGUAGGCCUGUUGUAAGAAGUCACUCCAAGAAUGAUGAUAUUGUUAGCAUUUCUGUACGAAGAGGGGGUAUUGAUGUUGGUCAAUCUCAUAACCAGUGGCUUUCAACCAUAUCACAGUCUCCUAAUGUCAUAUCAAUGUCUUUUGUGCCUAUUACUUCCCUAUUGAACUCUGUUCCAGGCAAUGGAUUUUUAAGCCAUGCAGUGAAUUUGUAUCUUAGAUAUAAACCAGCAAUAGAAGAACUCCAUCAAUUUCUAGAAUUUCAGCUGCCUCGACAAUGGGCCCCAAUGUAUGGUGAUCUGCCUCUUGGAUUUGGCCAAAAGUAUAAAAAGAACUUGUCUCCAUCACUUCAGUUCACUCUUAUGGGACCCAAGCUUUAUGUUAAUACUGUGAAGGUUGACUCUGGAAACCGGCCUGUGACAGGCAUUCGCUUGUACUUGGAAGGCAAAAAAUGUGACCACCUAGCAAUCCAUCUCCAGCAUCUUUCAGAGGUUCCUGGUGUCCUAGAAAUUUCAGAAGAUCAUAGUUAUGAUCCUAUUGAUGAACCAGAUGAGCGAGGCUACUAUGAACCUGUGAAAUGGAGCAUGUUUUCUCAUGUCUACACAGCACCUUUACAGUACAAUAGCUCUAGAAUGGAUGAGUCCACAGCCAUUGUGACAAAAGCCUGGUUGGAGGUUAAGCUGGUGGGAAUGAAGAAAGUUCUUUUCCUAAGGCUUGGAUUUUCAACAGUGGCAUCUGCUAGAAUUCGCAGAUCAGAAUGGGAUGGGCCUUCAACAACGUCUCGAAAGUCAGGAUUCUUCUCAGCAUUGGUGAGUACAAGGCUUAGCAAAGAAUUGCAUCCACCUAAGAAGCCAACUAAAGUUGAUAUAAACUCAGCAAUUUAUCAUGGUGGUCCACCUGUGCCAACAAGGUCUCAAAAAAUGCUCAGUUUUGUGGACACUAAGGAAAUGGUCAGGGGUCCUGAGGAUCCACCUGGUUAUUGGGUGGUCACUGGAGCUAAGCUCUGUGUAGAGGGUGGCAGAAUCUCAAUCAAGGCAAAGUAUUCCUUGUUGACUAUAUUGUCAGAAGAAUCUCUUCUGUAGUGAGUGUGUGUAGGCAUUUAGUUAAUACAGUUAUUGGUCUUCUGUAAAUAUCUUGUAUCAUUUAUUUUGUCAAAAGAAAAAUCAGAUAUAGGGAGUGUCAUCUGGCUCAAAGUGGCCUCAAUAUGGCAAUUUUCAGUUGGUUAUUAGUAGCUUUUAGUUUUCUAAUUUUGUUUAGGCAUAACUGCCUUCAAUAAUGAAUAAUAUUAUUUGGAAUUUGGAAUUACAACUACUCCAACAGAGGCAUUCAUU